AUGUCAUUAUCUCGUGCGCAGAUGAAAAUCUUUGGAACAUCUCCAAAUGACAUUGAUAACGCUGAAGAUCGUUUCAAAUUUUCGCGCAAAUUGGAAUUGUUGAAAAUCAGUCAACCGCAAUGGAAGAAGAGUGAGAAUAUGGAAGAUGCGAAGAGUUUUUGCGCACAAGUCGGAUAUCCUUGUCUAAUUCGGCCGAGUUAUGUAUUGUCGGGAGCUGCGAUGAAUGUUGCGCAUAAUGCGGAGGAUUUGGAAGUGUUUUUGAAACAGGCGGCGGUUGUUGCGAAGGAUCAUCCGGUUGUUAGCAAAUUUAUUAAGUUAGUGCCGGGGGUUUUUUUUAUUCGAAAUUUCAGUCAUUUUCAUGGUUUCAGUGAAAAUUUUGAAUUCUUUGGAAUUUUGUACACAAAAUUAUACAGAAAACUGUGUUUUUGUGUGGAAAAAUUGGCCAAAAUAAUUGUCGAAGUUGAAAAAUUAAUUUUGAAAAUAAAUUUAUUUCAGAAAAAAAUUCGAAUCAAAUUUUAUAAAUUUUUAGAGUUAAAAUUUGAAAUUUCAAGUUUGUAUUUUUCAAUAAAAAUUUUCAUGGUUUCAGUGAAAAUUUUGAAUUUUUUGGGAUUUUCUACUCGGAAUAAUUCAGAAAAUUGUGUUUUUGUUUGGAAAAAUUUUAGUUUUUUGAAAUUUUCCAAGUUGAAGUGCAGAAUUAAACGAAUGCAAAAAACUGUACUUCGUCAGUCGCGUGCGGUUGUGCGCCGCGGUCCUUGUUUCCCGACCGCGACCAUCUCAGCAUUUGCAGAUGUAGCUAAAUCAUAUUUUGAGGGUUUUCGUAGCUGAACCGUAGAAACAACUUGAAUCUCCAGCUAAAUCGAAGCAAAAAUUUAGCUCAGUGUUUCUGACCGAUUUCUCAGCUAAAACACACAUACGUUUUAGCUACGGUUUUUUGGCGCGCAAACAUUUGGGCAGCAACGUUUGGGCCGCAACGUUUGGGCCGACGGCCCGAACGGGCUGCUUUUUUCGGCCCGACCCGGGGCGGCCCGGGCAAAGACGACAUGCCUGUGACUCGAAAAUUUCUAUUUUCAAAUUUUCAAAAAAUUUUAGUCUGAAAAUUUAAAAUUGGAAUUUUAGAAUCAGAUCAAAAAUUAUUGUUUUUCGCAAUGAAAUUUUGAAUUUUAGGCCCACAACUCCACGUGGACUAUUUAUUGUCGGCCUAAAAUUCGAAAUUUUCAUGGCGAAAAUAAUUCCAGAACUUUAUUUUUAGCACUAGAGAACUAUAUUUUUGUUGUGAUUCUGAAAUUCCCAUGUUAAAUUUUUAGACUUAAAUUUUUGAAAAUUUGAAAAUUGAAAUUUUCGCGAGUCAAGAAAAAAAUUGAAUUUAAAAAAAUCUUAUUGAAUUUUUGAAAAAAACUUUUUUUUUUCAUAUUUUCAGCACUAGAAAAACUAUAAUUUUUGAUCUGAUUUUUAAAAAUCCAAUUUUAAAUUUUCAGAAUUAAAUUUUAGAAAAUUUGAAAAUUUAAAAUAGAAAUUUUCGAGUCAAGAAAAAAAUAAUAAAAUUAAAAAAAUCUUAUGAAAUUUUUGGAAAAACAUUAAUGCUGCAAAUUAUUAGGCUUGGGCUUAAAAUUUAGGCUUGGGCUCAAAAUCACUUCAAUUUUAGGCCUAGGCUUAGGUUGAAAAGCAGACCGAAGUUCAAAAUUUAGGCUCAGAUUUUAAAACAGUAAGGCUUAGGCUUAGGUUUAAAAUUUAGGCUUAGGCUUGUUGAAGUUGCGCGUAGGCUUAGGCCAAAAAUUCAGGCUAACAAUUUUCAAGGCUUAGGCUUAAAAUCACUUAGGGUUAAGCUUCAAUUUUAGGCCUAGGCUUUGGUUGAAAAGCAGACCAGGAAAUCCAUAAUGUUUAGGGAUUAGGGUUCAAAAAUUUAGGCUUGAUUGAAGUCUGACUUACCGUCAAACUUUAGGCGUAGGCUUUGAAUUUAGGGCCCGAAUUUCAAGCCCAAACUGAAAUUUUUUAAUUUCUAGCUCUAGCUCUCUAAAAAUCCAAUUUUUCCAGUCGCUCUUCUCCACCGUAUUCGUCGUUCCAAAAAAGAACAUUUUCAUCUCAAUCGGAGGAUAUCACGCAAAAGCGGAAAUGUUGAAAAGUGUCGAAAUUUUGCAACAUUUGGGCUAUGAAUUGUACGGAUCAAAAGGUGAGGAUUCUCCAACGUUUUUAUCAUAAAUAAUUCUUAUAUUUUUGUCCAGGAACCGCUGAUUAUUUUAAAAUGAACAAAAUCAACGUGAAACCGGUCGAUUGGCCGUUUGAAGAAGGAUCGUCGGAUGAAAAAAUGGCGAGUGGAAGCCGGAGUGUCGUUGAAUUCCUGGAAAAUAAGGAAUUCCAUUUGGUCAUUAAUCUGCCGAUUCGGGGAUCUGGGGCGUAUCGAGUUUCAGCUUUUCGAACUCGAAGAAUGGCUGUUGAUAAUGGAAUUCCAUUGAUUACUGAUAUUAAAUGUGUCCAUCUAGUCAAAAUUCCAUUUUCAUUCCAAACUAUAUUCCGUUAUUUGUCAAUUCAUCUAAUAAAUGUUGUUUGA